AUGGAAAAUUCUCAGAAGGGAUCAGGAAGUCAAGAAAAUGAUGCAAAUGAGAUAACGACUGGCGAGGACUCUGACGAGUCGCAGACUCAUCAAUAUGCGACACCGCGAGAGCUGGCUCUUCUAUCAACAGUAUUCACCAUUGCAACCUUCAUGAUAGCCAUAGAUGGCAGUAUACUUGCAACGGCAAUCCCCAAGAUAACCAGCGAUUUCCAUCGACUCAACGACGUGCCGUGGUACGGAAGUGCGUACCUCUUCACAGAAAUGGCAUUCCAGCCUACCUUUGGUCGCUUGUACACCUUAUUCAACGCCAGAGUUCUUUAUCUGACCUCCGUCAUCAUUUUCGAGGCAGGCUCGAUUCUCUGCGCUGCCUCGCCAAAUUCUGCAGCAUUGAUCACAGGGAGAGUGAUAUCUGGUAUCGGAGCCGCUGGCCUGCUCUGCGGUAGUCUGUCAGUCUACGGAAGGUCAGUUCCUCUGCGAGCUAGACCGUUCGGAAUGGCCCUGGUCACGAGAUCAAUCUACGUGAGUAAUGAGAGACUAGCGACCGACGCGGAUCCCCUAACAGUCUGUCUAGCAUUUGGUGCCGUGACAUUUGGAAUCGCGUACAAGAUAUUGAGAGCGAGGACACCGAUACACGGUCGACUCUCGUUGCGUCAAAAGCUGAAGAAACUCGAUCUACUUGGCGGGUUUCUUCUCAUCGUCGGCUUGAUCAGUCUGUUUUUUGCUCUUCAAUGGGGCGGGACCAAGUACCCUUGGUCGGACCCUAGGGUUUACGCCUGCCUUGUGGUGUUUGGGAUUUUCAUCACAGCCUUCAUGGUGUUGCAGGCGAGAAAGAAAGAAGAGGCUACUAUCCCCAUGCGGAUCCUCUUACAGCGAACCGUGGCCAUCAGCUGCGCCUUCAACAUGCUGAUGUCCAUGGCGCACAACACGCACAUGUAUUACCUCGCUUUCUACUUCCAAGCAGUUCUAGGCACGAAUGCAGUGACUUCGGGCGUUCGCUGCCUCGCAUACGGAAUACCAUGCAGCAUCGCUAUCAUCGUCACAGGAGCGUGUGUCAGCUCAAAAGGCUACUACGUCCCCUUCAUGUGGUUUGGAUCCAGUGUCUUCAUCGCCGGAUGCGUGCUCCUUCAGAAGCUGGAUAGGGAGUCGUCGAUGGGGCAGUGGAUCGGCUUCCAGAUCCUCAGCGGGGCGGGCAUUGGGCUCGCGGAACAAGUCCCCUUCAUUGCGGUACAGGUUGUCCUUCCCGACAGCGACAUGCCGACAGCGUGUGCCAUGGUCGUGUUCCACCGCUUGUUAGGUGGUGCGGUGGGACUCAGCAUCGCUUCUAACCUCUUCUCCCAGGAGCUCUACCGUCGGCUUGCGGGAGUGCCAGGAGGUGUCAACAUCAAAGCGAUACAAGAUGCUGGUGCAUCUGACCUAGCGAAGGCGGUUCCCGCGGCUAUUUUGCCGUUUGUGCAAAAGGCGUUCGGCUAUGCCAUCUCCAGGGCCUUCAUAUUACCCAUUGUUGUGGCGGGUACCUCAUUACUACUCAGCUUCGGCAUGCAGAGACGAUGGAUUCCAGACGAUCGGGUGCAACCAGGCCAGGAGGCCAACACUGGUGACGAAGUUGCAAGUGCGCCGUUAGAUCAGAGAAGGGAUGAGAAGACAGUGUAG